AGCAAGAAAACGGCACCGAAAGUGAGACGAGUUCGAAUAAAGAGCUUGUUAAGGAGACUUUGUCAAAGGAUAAGACAAUUCGAUUGCAAAAAAGAACGCUGGGAAAAGGUAGCAAGAAGGAAAAACAGGCGAAGGGAAAUUCAAAUGCGAAGAAUGUAAUGAAGGCAAAAAUAACAAAGACGGGUGCUAUUGAUUUGAAGUAUGAAGAUAAAAUGUCAGAGGAAGCAAGUGAAAGACGGACAUCUGAGGAGCGUGCAACGCAAUGCAAUAAUGAAAUUAAAAAUUUGAUCAUGGAAGAGAAAGAAGAGUCUAAACAACAUCCAGAAAAUGAAGGAAACACAGCUGUGAAUCAAGACACGAACAAAGUUGAUGUAAGUGGGCUAGAAAUAAAUGAAAUGGUAGUGAUAAAAGUUGCAGAGAAACAUUUUAUUCCAGGGCAGCCAUGUUUAGGAAAGAUUGUAUCACUACCAGACGCAAAUGGAGAUCUGCUGGUUCACUAUUACAGCGGGAGUUAUGAUGGCGAAUGGAGGCCAAUGAUGAGCCGAUCGAGUCCGUACCUGAGAAGAAUCGCGACAUCGAGAAUAAUUUGUAAAUUCAAACUAAAUAAGGACAAUACAAUGUCCGCAGAAACAGUAGAAAGGGUCACAGAAGCAGUUAAAAAUGAUCCAGGCUGAAUGGCUCAAGGCAAUGGUUGUUAAAUUUUUAUAGUGAAGAGGGGGAGAAAAGGGGUUGGUGAGGGUAUUGUCGUGGCGAUGUAUUUAUCCAAAAAAAGGAAGAACCAAACUUUCAUAAAAGUAAGUUUUUGGUACCGCAAAAUUCAAAAGUGCUUCAGUAUGCUUUGUUUCCGCUAUUUUGUACCGUCUUCAAAUUUCACAAAAGUGUAAAAAUUGUAUCUUUUUGGAGUUAGACAACGAGAAACUUUAUUCUUCGCAUCCAUACUUAACAGGUUCAUUUGUCACAACCCUAUCUCCUAACCCUCUUCAAGCAUUCCAUUAGUAAUAAACUUAUUGUCCAACGCGACGUUGUUUUCAAAUGCUUUUUUCCAUAUUCAACUGUUACUGCUUGGAGUUUGACUUGAGUUUAAGCCUUGAAUUAUUUGAUUAUUUGUCUCUGAAAACAUGACAGAAAACAUGGAUUUCUUCCUGAUAUUUUGCACAGUUAAUCCUCUUACAUCGCUGUUAACCCUUUGUAGGGGCCAUCGUACGAUCUUUAGGGAAAAGAGAGGAACUUGCCUGGUUGAUAUCUCUACUGUAAUAGGCAGAUUGAUACAAUAAUUUUGACUAAAGUGAAUAAAGUAGCUUGCAAUCUAAUAAUCGCAGAUCAACCUCGUUAUCAGUUUUUAAGAAGACGUAGGACAAGUUUUGAAAAUUGAAAAUCCUUUUGUAUUUUUAUAUGCUGCAUCUAGCACGUGUCGUUUUACCCUUUCAAAGAUGACACCCUACCACGGACAAUCAGUUUGUGUUGUUGGUGACUUGAAUGAAUUUGAAACUGUACUUUAUGGAUGUUUGUUACAUUUGAAAAUUUUCUUUAUUUUUGGCUGUAAAUAAAAUUUAUUUAGACUUGAAGGCGUUUGUUUUUAACUUAUUUUUAUUGCUGUUUAUAGUUAUUUUUAUACAAAUUUAUCAAUGGCAAUGUUUUAUAUUGCUGCAUCGUUCAUCCGAUCUAAGCUAACUUCCACGUGCUGCAUCGUGUUCUCGAAAAAGACACCUAAAGUUUGGUCCUUGAUUAUUGACAAGUACAUGGAAAGUGAAGAAGAAUGGCGUCGCAAAAAUCUGCUAGAGAUUCUGAUUUGGACCAUUUAAUUUGAAUGUAACUUUUCAAACGACCCAAAUGUUAAUUCAGUUGCGAUUUCCACAAAAGCAGAUGUUUUUCCAUGGAUUUUCAGAUAAAUCAAUAGGAUUUCUGCCAAAGGUGUACGAGAUUUUCGCCGAGUUAUCUGCCCCUCGAAACAAUCCUUCUUGAAAAAAAACUAUUUUGUGCAACAUUUGACAAACAAUAGCCACGCGAAGACAGACUUCCCUAACAUAUCAAUUUAAUUUGGUCUAUUGGUUGAAAAAUUUGUGAAUCAUACCAAACAAAAGCAAUCCACUGUUGAGAUUCUUACCUUUUACUGGUCAUGUCUCAGCUACUUUUUUAAAUAUAAUAUUAUAAAACCAAACAUUUAUUCGCCUAUCAGAAACACUAACAGCCAUUCUUCUUCAACAGCUCAUAAGCAUAAAACAUUUAAUUCUGUGAAAGCCACUCCUUAAAUUGGCACAAUGGAAUCCCGCUAUCAAAAUAACAUUUGCCAAUAGCAGGGGCAGUAGCGUGGUGGACAUAUUGAUCACAUCAAAUCAAUUUCAAGAAUGGUAAAGCAGUCCUUGUUGCUAUAAUAGAUGGCCUGAUAAUGUGUUAGUUACUUCUUUCUGAAAUAUUUGUCAAACAUUUUCGAAAGAUUUUUUAUCGCAUUUCAACACUUCACCUUCAGCCCCUCUCUUCUUCUGCAUUUGAUACCUUGGAUAUGUUAUCUUUGUUUGUAAGUUGAAAUGUUUCAAUAGUGAAGAAUGCAUCAAAUGAUGCUAUGUCUAUUAAAAAAAGUUCUGCUUUCAUUUCAUUUCCUGCUUUCAGCUCCUCUGUGUCAUUAGCCAAUGCUUAAAAAACAUCUUAAGUGUUCUCAAAACUUUGUCAUAUCAGAGGUAUUUAAGGCGGCGAGAGGACCAUGAAAUUUGGUUCGUAAUGACAAAAUAUCGUUAUUUUGAGGAUUCAUAAUACAGAAAAUACUUGAAAUAGAAUUUUUAUAUCAGAAUUCAAGGGACUUUAAGCGGGAGUCCGCAGUAGUUUUUUGCUCGUAAGUCUCCUGGUUACUUGACUGUCGCACGUUGAAUCUGCUUCCGUGAUAACAAUUGUUUCAGUUGGCAUCAAUUUUUCUUCAAUGGUGGUGUCUUUUGCACAUUUAAACAGACCAGAAUCCAAAUAAAUCCCCUACAUGAUUAAAAAGCUCUUUACCACUUCGUUGGACUAAACUU